GAGAGCGAAAGGGACGGAUACGUCUGCCGGAUAAGACGACUAUAGCCGGCGUUUUGGGUAAUUCGAGGGAUCGAAGAAUCAGUCGGACUUCUGACUUUGGAGAGGAAGGCUGUGUUUGGUUUUUGGGGAAUUGUAAUAAAACGUGGUAAAGAUGAAAUAAAAGUGUUGAAUGAAAAUUAAAUGUGCCUAAAAGUAGUGUUUUAAUGUACGUGAUUAUAAUGUGAAAGACUUUGCACAAACGCAAUUUAAAAAAUCGUCCAUGAUCGAAACAAGAGACAACAACCGGAUCAUACAUACUUCUCAAUAAUAUUUACAAAAACUGAAUGAAACAUUUGGAAAGAAAAUAAACAAAACUGGAAAGGAUAAGGUGGACGUAAAAUAUUUGUAAGAUAAUUAAGAUAAACGAGGUAAUAAACAUGAAUUCUAAAAUGCAUUUAAUGAGGAGGACAAAAUUUUAUUUUAUGCAUUUAUGAUGAUAAGGUCAGCAAGUAAAUAGAAAUAGAAAGGACUCACUAACUUUGUAGAUUUUUAUUUGCAUACAAAAAUACUUUGCACAUACAAAUGUAUCAGUGGACUAAUUUAAAAAUUUCGAGAUCAUCCACCAUAAGUCUGGGGCAUUUCAAAUACACAGAAUAAAUACUGGAUAAAAUAAAAUACAAAAACCACAAAUAUCAAGAAGUAGUAAUAACGUUGCACGUGGCGUCUACGUAACCUACAAGCAACACAGACGUCACCUGAACCCAUUUUAAUACCAAACAAUAGUUACAUCUCAUAUUCCGUAUUUUUUUCCACCAUGGGUGACCUAGAAGUCCUACAGCACCGAAACUCCCAAUCUCCGUCAAUGCGUCACCUUUACCCCAACCAGACCCCAAAAACGCAGAACUUGACGCCCCCAAGCACCAGGAAGUCUUAUGCAAGUCUCGCAAAUGUGACUACAAAUAACAAUAACACCAGCACAAACAAUAAUAAUUAUGGAGAGAAAACGAAUAUGUUCGUGGGCUUGGGAAGGCGCUCCUGUCUGCUCGCCCCAGACUCCAAUCGCGUGGUGCGAGUCAGGAAAACUGUUGUCUUCGCAGACGCCAGAGGACUAGCCCUGACACAGGUGAGGAUCAUGUCGGAGCCCUCCGAAGUGCCACCGUUCUGGAGCAGCCGCUUCUUGUCACAUCUGAUCCCGUCCAGGCUCUACGACGAAGUCGAUGGCGGUUAUCAGAAUGAGACCAGGACGCAGACUUUUAGGGAUAGUUGGCAUCCUAGGUUCGAGCAACCUGCCAGGGAUUAUGUGGCGUUCAGGAGGAAGUUGGAGGAGUCCAAUGUUGCGCUGGAGAAUAUUGUCGUCAGGAAGAAGGAUGAUGGGAGUUGUUCUGGGGGGAACAAAAAUACAGCCGUCGGUACCGUAAAAGUCCGCAAUCUUGACUACCACAAAGAUGUCAUCAUCCGGUACACCACAGACGGAUGGAAAACAUACAAAGACGAAACGUGCAGCCAUGUCCCCACAUCAGCAUCUGCCAAGACAGGACCAUCGUCCGCUUUCCAUUUGCACGACACUUUUAGGUUCGAGUUGCUUCUGCCGACGGUUGCAAAAUCAGGCAACCCUUCAGCUGAGAAAUCAGGCAACACUAAUAUCUCUACUCAAUUGGCUAGAAUGACUCUUGGUGAUGAUAGAAAUCUGAAGAAUUCAGAUGCUGGAGUCGUUUUUUGCGACCGAGUCGAAUUCUGUUUGAGGUUCAGGUGUGCAGGAGGAGAGUACUGGGACAAUAACAGUGGAAGGAAUUACGUGAUACAGAGGAGACAACAGAAUGUGAUAACAAUGAAUAAAUUAGCGGAUAGUCCGAAGGCUUCGGACAAAGUUCGAGAGGCUACUUACGCUUCCAUGAAUGGGGGCUCUUGGAGCGAGUUUGCUAGUUGGCAGCACCUCGACAAUAAUUGUCCAUAUUGGUGACCGAGAUAGUUGAAAAACGAGACCGGUCAAUUAUUUAUUAUUACCGUUUGGAUAUGAAGUAGGCGACGUGGAGGCCCUUUUAUUGUAAAAUAACUUAUAAAUUGAACAUAACAUGAAGAAAUAAGAAAGAAGACUGUGAAUUCAAAGUGCCACUCGAUAUAAAAAAUAUAUUUAUAAAAUGUUGAAUAAUUCAAAGUCUACGUUAACACGAG